UGCCGCCAAUAUUUAUGAAUUUAAAUUUUGUUUACUAAAUGUUAUUGUAAUUGUUAUUGUGUGUUGUGGGGAGUGCAAAUGAGUGAAUAUAUGUUGAUUGAUAUAGUGGAACCGUAAACAACGGAUUAAACUUGCAGCCGUGAGUGUAGGAAUAAAUCGAGGAAUACGUUGACAACAGGUGUUGACAUCAAAGCAGGAAGGAUGGGGGAUAAUCUGGCCUACAAAGACGAAUAUGAUAAUUUAAUAAGGAUGCUGGAUGAGUGUAACAUUGUUAGGUAUACAGCUUAUCGCACAGCAGCAAAAUUAAGAAUUCUUCAAAAGGCACUGAAAGUGGAAAAAUUGACCCUAGAUGUCAUAGCAAAUGUUUUCACCAAGCAUUGUCUUCGUGCUACAGAAAAUGAAGUGUUUCUUGAACUGCCAGAUUUGGAAACAUUGGUAUCUGAUAUCUAUCUUGCAACAAGAACAGAAAACACUAACAACACAGAUGCCAGCCUGUCUUCCCAGUUGGCCAUUCAUGUGUUGCAAGCAAUAUAUCAGAGUGACGGCUGCUGCAGUGUGCAGGUGUUGCUUUUGAAAGUCAUCUUUGUUAUUUUAUGUUCGUCACAAAUCCAAGACAAGUACCAGUAUCUUUUUCAUCAACUCUCAGAUCACAACAACUGUGUUUCAAGAAAAAAAAUUGACUUGCUCUUGAAAGCAACUGUUAAACUAACAGAUUUCCUGUCUGAGCCGUCAUAUUCCGCACCAAAGCUGAUAGAGAACUCUGUUGAAAGUUGCUUUAAACAUUGCCAAGGAAGUUUAGGGUUGACUGAGGAUUCCUUUAUGGAAUGGCUGCUGUGUGAGCCACAGAUACUCAUGUGGCAUUCUGUGUUAUAUCGUAUGCAAUCAGCUGAAUUAGUUUGCCAUUACGUCCGUUGUGAUGUCUGCAAAGUCUAUCCAAUAACUGGACUUCGAUACACCUGCUUGCAUUGUUUCAGCUACAAUCAAUGUCAAGCGUGUUUCUUUACAGGGAAAGUUAGUAAGAAUCAUAAGCUGAAACACCCAAUACAGGAAUACUGCUGUCAGAUAACUCCAAAAGAGGCAGCUACUGCCUUUCUAAAAAUGCUGAGAAACCGGAUUCACAAGGGUUCAUCAAAAUAUUUAACUAAUGAGUCUUCUGAAUCUGUUAGCUCAGACAUGCAGGCUAGUAGUGAUUUGAAGAAUGGUACAAUAACAAGAUUCCAUCACAGCUAUUCUAGAGCUGGAAAUUCAGUCUAUGUCCUUGAUGACAUUAAUUUGUCUAGACAGACAUUCAGUAGCUCAAGAUUUAUGCAGCAACUGCAUCCCCAAAAGGAGCUACAGAAUAUUAUACAGAAUCUUGAAGAGCAAGAAAGGAAAAUGGAGAGAGAGAAGGAGAAAAAAAUAUAUAACCAAAAGGAAUUCACAACAUGUCUACAAGAGCAUCAAAUGUGGCUUAAUUCGCAGAUAUACAGGCUCAAAAUUCUAAUGGAAUACAUCUCUUACAUACAGUCUUCGAAUGUUCGCCGGCCACUAGCUUGUAUUGAAAGCACUCCCAUUCUGCCAGCUCAGCAUCGAUUCUGUAAUGUGUUUACGUCAUCACAACCAAGCAUUGCCAAUCUCAGCCCAAUUGUAAAGCAAGAUAGUGAUUUCAACAAUGAGUUAAAGAAAAUAAACUUCCAUUUCUCUGAUUUAUCUGAAGAUUGCCGUCAAGAUGAGUUGUCAAAUCUAACAUCGGUGACAUGUCGUCCUCGUGUGCCGAAUAACUGUACAUACUCAAAGAAUACUAGGGUACUGGAUGACUGUAGUGUCGAAGGCGACCUCUUGACAUCUAGUGAACUGUCUUCUUGGUUGAACAGUCCACGGGUGCUGUCACUGCAGUGUGCACCAAUAACAAACUGUACAUACAGUGUAACAAAUACAGGUGAUUUUAGGGAAGAGACGAUACAGAAUGUACAUAGUUUACAUGAAAAAUGUAAACAAACACCCUCCUGCAUUGAUGAAAUUGUGGAGAGACUUCAGAAGGUUCUUUCAUUAAACUUCCAUUUUGAUGAUUCAUUUACUUGUAGAGACAACACUCAGUUGGAGAAAGCAGCUACUGAAAUUGAAGAGUUACUUGCGACUUUAAUCAACAGAAUUGAAGAACGAAAGAAGACUACAAAUGCAAAAAAUGUUUAACAUUUGUUUUUGGCCUUUUUAUUUAAUAUAAAUAAGAUUUCAGUCUACUUGAAACAAGGAAGAAAAGACCUUUAACUGCUGCUGUGUAUGAAAAGCAGAUGUGUGAGUGAUUGUGGCACAUAAAAUAGGGACAGAGCUCCCUAGUAAAAUAAAAGUAAUCUUUAUAUAAAAGUGUUAGCCCAUAUGCAUACAUUACAAUGUAACAUUUGUUUUAGUUUCUAAGACAAAGAGACCACUACCUAAGCUGCACUGUUCCUGCAAACACAACUGCACAUGUAUAUAUGCAACACCUUUGCUCUUUUUGAGGGCCUCAUAUGGCAUGCUGUAUGAUAAAACAGGGAUGAAUGCAUUAGCUUAGGUUGAACAGGAAUGAGUACAUAUUACAUUAUAAAUAUGU